AUGUCACCCCGCGUAACCGUCCGCCUCGUCCCCGGUUGCUCUGACGGUGAUCCUCUCCAUGUCCCGCCUCCAGGAGCUCAUACUCAACUCGAUCCACCGACUCUGUACCUGGAAAAGAUCGGUCAACAAUGGAUGGAGAGUCGAGGUGAGGCUAAGCCCGGUGUACAGUACUCGCUGGAAGGUCUUCCCUUUGGUUAUACUCUCUGGCAUCGCCCGCGACCAUCCAAACCGAGCCAUUUCGACAAGUAUCUAUAUGGCCAUCCCGGAAAGAAGGCAUUCGACUCGCCGAAUCGAUUCUUUCCCCAUUUUCUGCAUCUGAUGAACAACAAUGGCAACAGCAUAGGCUGCCCAUGUACUCUCUGCAGUGGCAGUGCAGGCGUUCUUCCGAAAACCUCAGCCAACAGCUCCCAGCACAAAGGUCGGCCAAAGAAGAUAACUCCGGGUCUCGACACGACGAACGUGGACAGUGAGGGCACUCCCGACGUCUACAGGAAUCUCAUCGACAAGCUUCGCCGGCAUCGCGAUGUGGACGAACCCAUACUUGAGCCCUUAAGUCCAGACUGGCGCGCUGAACAAGAACACCUUCCGAAAUUUCUCGACGAUAUAAAGACACAAGACCAGUGGGUCCCGCGAACUGGAGACCUUGUGCUGUAUAUACGCAACAUGCCCGACACCGUUGAAUUGGGGCGAGACAACACCACCGGAGAGCUUCAGUUGUACGAUGAGCGGCGCAAGCAGCAUCUCGGUGUUCCCCAAUGGGCGGCAGGCCUCGUCACCGAGCCGGCUACUGGUACCACGGUCUCCGAGCUCGUUGCCUCUACUCAGGAGCGCAACGUGUCCAGCAUAGGCGUACGCGUCGAACCUAUCCCAGAUCCAAACGAGUCCGACAAGUCGCUCUCUAAGAGACACAAGUACGUCUUGUUGCGGCAGACAAGCCCGUUCAUGAUGUGGAGGGACCUCUUACGCCGUAUCCCCCAGGAAGAAUGGCAUGACACUGUCAAGAACGCCCUCGCCCUGAUGUCGACGCUCUCUCUUAUGGGCAAGUAUCGGUUUCGAGGAUCUUGGCCCAACGCGAGCAUAUACUGCCAUGGGAUCUACGUUGGCGCCGAGAUGCUCGCCGUGGGCGACACAGUUCGUCUCCUUCCCAACAAGCAAUCUGGCCAGUCUGGCUGUACGGAUGUCAUGAGUGUGAAAUCCAUUCGGCUGAAGUGGACGAACUUGGACAAGGCAUCGGAUAACGACUAUGACGAGGGAAGGCCGUAUAACUCCGAGAUAUGGAUCUAUGGCUCAGCCUACACCAGCGACAGCUCACGGUCUAAUAAGCUUUGGGUGACGGAGCAUAAUGUCGAAGCCCCACGUGUAGCCAACGACUAUGCAGACUGGUACCCACUACACCCAGCCGACAAAGAGCUCGCCAUUCCCUACUCCCGUGUUCUUGGCCGUCUACACGAGCGUGACGCUACGGCAUACUUCCUUAAAUCCGCUCAUGACGACCUCCCAGGACUCGAUGUCGGCCGACAAGCUGUGGUCGAGGCGCGCGCCUUUGCACGAAAGCACGACAACCGUAUCGCUCAGGAAUCCGAUGCGACUUGGUACUGGGGAGACGACCGGGCCGACGCUCUGAAUCUCCACACCAUCAACGGCCUUGAUGUGUCUAGAUACGACCUCGACCGCGAUGUCAAAGAUCUCCGCCGCAAGUACCGCCAGCUAGAUGGUAUUGCCAGUGGAAACGCGAAGCCUACAGGCCAAGACAUUCUCGGCGGCAGGGGAUUGCGUACGUUCAUGGCGCCGGCUUUGCCACUCCGCACGAGCGGCACAAAGGCACCAAGUGAUAGCGGAAGUUCUUCUAUCGCAAGUGCCAGCCAAGCCUCACGAAAGCGUACGCACAUCGUUGACUUGGACGAUGAGGACGAUACCGAAGAGGACGAUCUUGACGAAGAGAUACGAGAGCGCACCAAGGUUGUGCAAGAUGACCGCCAAGGUCCGAUGAAGAAGAAGGCGAAGGUGAUGGUUGUUAUCGACUGA